AUGGCGAGCCGAGCUGCACAGAAGCGCUUGACGCGCGAGUACAAGACUAUCUCCGAAAACCCUCCCCCAUACAUCACCGCCCACCCUUCAGAAUCUAAUAUAUUAGAAUGGCACUACAUCAUCACUGGCCCUGAGAACACUCCCUAUCAUGGUGGCCAGUACUGGGGCACCCUCAUGUUUCCUCCCAACUAUCCCUUUGCGCCACCGGCCAUCAGAAUGCACACACCCUCUGGACGAUUUCAACCAUCGACACGACUCUGUCUGUCAAUAUCUGACUUCCACCCCCGCUCGUUCAACCCUGCAUGGGAGGUAUCGACCAUCCUUAUCGGCCUGUUAUCCUUCAUGACCUCGGAAGAGAUGACCACUGGGUCCGUGUCCGCAAGCGAGGCCGAGCGGAAAUACCAUGCUGGUCGAUCAAGAUGGUGGAACUCAACCGGUGGUGGCUCUCACCAAAAGGCGGGCGGUCCCGCGCAGAAAGGAAACGUGAAAGCCGGUGAUGGCGGGGCGAAGUUCAAGGCAGAAUGGCCGGAAGUCGACCAGGAAAACUGGGAGUGGAUGAAGGAGAAUUACCUUGAUACCGCUACGGGCAACAGAAUCAACCCUGGCGGCGCGGCGGGUGCCUCUUGCGGUCCCCAAUUAGGCAUCGCAGGAGGCAGCGGCCACCAGGCACAGGCGGUCGUGGACGCGGUCGUGCAACGGCGGGAGGCCGGAGCAGGCUGGGUGUCUCGGAAUAAGCUCCUUGUUGCAGGUGUUGCCAUCUUCGUCUACGUACUCAUUGCACGCCUUUUGGGGGAGAGCGGAUCGACGAGCACCUAG